UCUGCUAUAAAAUGGAGCCUUGGCGAAAAUUCAAAUUGGGAGACUCGACCAGCUUCACCACAUCAUCAUCUAAUCACGACGCCCGACCGCAGCCAAUCCGGACCGGAGCUUCACGCCGCUCCAGCCAAUCAUCAUCCAAAGACGCCUUCAAAAGUCCAAGCUACCCUGGGGUCUUCCUGCUCGUCAGCCGUGCUUCGACUAGUCCGCUGAUUCGCCCUCGACAUGUCUAUUUCUGAUUCGAACGAUCCAUUUGCCUCCUCUUACUCCUUUCCCGCUGAUCCGAUUCACCCUUCCCCAGGCCCGUCGCGCAGGAGUGCUCGUCUGGCCACCCGGCUUCCCCUUCCAACCCCCUCUGCUGCUCUGGCCUUCCACGGUAUCUCUCCCGGCUCUGACCUGGAUCCCUCACAACUGGCUUCCCUGGCCGCCCUUCUGCCCCACGCCGACUCGCCUCCCUCUUCCCCGGCGCUUCUUCCCCCGCCUCAUCCCCCCCGUAAGAGAUCCCGGAAAUCCUCUCCCCCUCCAGCCAAACGCCGCCGCGGCCGGCCUGCUGCCCGGGCGACCGACCCAGCCUCUCCGGGCCCCUCCACCUCACGGUCCAGCGUUCCGGCUCCGCCUCCCCGGGCUUCCACCCCAGCUCCGGCGUUAGCGGCUCCGGCUGUUCCCACGCCCCACCCCGCGGAUCCGACCCAGCCUUCUACCGAUUCGGACCGCCUUACUUCGGCUCUCAUCUCCUCAAUCAACCUCCUCCAGCACACCGUUUCCUCCCUCGCAGAUCGGCUCCAGGACCGCUCCCCCAACGCGUCGGCGCAGCCUUCGGCUCCGUCCAGCGCUCUCCCUCAUGCGCAGCCAGCUCCGGUGGAAUUCACGCUGGCCAACGCUCUCUCCGGACGCGACUCAGGUAAGACGUAUCCAUCCGCUCACUGUUUUAGCCUCUCAAACCUCCUGAACUCAUCGUCGCGUCUGCUCGUUCCCGUCAGGCCGCUCCUAUGUUCCAUCCUUCGCUCUCAUCUCUCCUAAACUGCGAUCUAAGAUCCUGCAAGGACAAUAUGUCAACCUCGUUUUACUCAUUCUCCCGUCUCCCGAAGUGGACCAGCGCGUCUCCUCUACGGAAGGCCUCACCGCCAUCUUUAAGUCCAGUGAUCCCCGUUUAUCAAAAAACCUCUCCAUUGGAGAGUUUCUGGCUGCCUUUAGCAUUUAUCGCGACGUUAUUUGCUCAGUCUACCCAGACCGCCGCAUAGAACUUGAUUCAUAUCUCUCUCUCAUCGCUGAUCUUAACCUCAAAUACGGCAGAUCUUUAUUUUACCAAUACCAUAAAGCGUUCGCCGCCAAAGCCGCGACGACUCUGUCCCAAUCUGGCAUCUGCACGGACUGGUCGGUCCUGGACACUGAACUGCUGAUCAUGCUCACUCAAGCCUCUACGUGCCUCACAUGUUCCGCAGUCGGCCACCAGAGCGCGCUCUGCCCCACAAUCCCUUUCGCCGCCUCCGUCCCCGCCCCCCCGCCCCCGCAGUCCUCGUCCCGCCCGGCCGGUCAGUCGCUCGAUCGUCGGGGUCGGAAAGUCGAGGUAUUUAACAACCGUCCAGUCUGCAAUAACUUUAAUGAAGGGAUCUGCUCGUUUAUUAAUUGCCCUUUCCUCCACAUUUGCAGUUUCUGCAAAGACGCUCACCCCAAGUCCAUCUGUCCUCGGCGUCUGCCCCCCCACCGGAUGCCCCGACAUUCCAAGCCCUGAUUGCCAGCUCUCUGUCCACGCCUAUUCUCAUUCACGAACUAGCCCUCCUCCUUCGCUCCCACCCCGAUCCCACCUUCGUGAAUUUCCUACUCACAGGUCUCUCUCAGGGCUUCCGCAUAGGUGUUCAGUCUCAUCCCGUCGCUUCUUUUGUUUGCUCCAAUCUCCGGUCCGCACUUAAUGAACCGGACAUCGUGACUCGCCUCCUCUCCCGUGAAGUCUCAAAGGGUUACAUGAUAGGACCCUUUCGUUCUUCCCCUUUCUCCCCGUUCCGCGUUAAUCCGCUCGGCCUGGCCACCCGCAAGUACUCCGGCAAAAAACGUCUUAUUCUCGACCUUUCUGCCCCUCACGGCGGCCCAACCUCCAGCAUCAACAGCCUCAUUCCCAAAGCCCCCUUUUCUCUCUGUUACGCUUCGGUCGAUCAUGCCAUCUCACUCAUUAAAGCUAGCGGGCGGGGCGCCUGGCUCUCCAAAGCCGACAUCACCGAUGCUUUUAAAGUAAUGCCAGUGCACCCCUCCGAUUGGCAUCUCCUGGGCGCCAAGUGGGAAGGCUCCUUUUAUUUCGCAGUUAGGCUUACUUUCGGCAGCAGGAGUAGUCCCAGCCUGUUCGACAAUCUCUCCGAAGCACUGUGUUGGAUACUUCUCAACGUCUCUAGGGUACCCGCGGUCCUUCACCUCCUUGACGACUUUCUUCUCGCCGACCCCCCCACCUCCUCGCCUGGUCCUUCUCUGUCCGUACUUCGCCAGCUUUUCAUCCGCGUAGGCGUGCCUCUUUCAGCCGAGAAAACCAUCGGCCCCGCUACAUCGCUCGAAUUUCUGGGAGUUACGCUCGAUUCGGUCUCCAUGGUCGCUUCGUUGCCCGCGGAUAAACUGUCCAGAAUCCGAGAAGUCUCCAGCUCUUUCAUCUCAGUAUCCGUAGUAUCUAAACGCCAGCUUCUCUCACUGCUGGGCCACCUUAACUUCGCGAUGCGAAUAAUCCCCCAGGGCCGGUCUUUCAUCUCGCGCCUACUCGAUCUGGCCAACUCGGUCCCCUCCCUGUCAGACCGCGUCGUCCUGGACGGCGGCUGCCGAUCAGACCUCGCGUUCUGGGCAAAGCUACUUUCCGACUGGAACGGCAUCUCCUUCUUUUAUAGUGACGUCGUCCUUUCGGCUGACUCGCUCCAGUUCUUUACCGACGCGGCCCCGUCCUCUGGUUUUGGGGGCUUCUUCAAACGAAAGUGGUUCGCGGGGAAGUGGCCCCCCUCUUAUCCCCAGUCCGAGUCCUCAGCUUAUUACGAAAUAGUCCCCAUCGCCAUAGCAUGCUGUCUCUGGGGCCAUUUGUGGAGCAGAAUGCGUAUCUCAGCGCGCUGCGACAACGCUGCCAUGGUUCAUGCCAUUAAUAAAGGACGCUCUCCCUGUAGAUCAAUCAUGCCUUUCAUCCGUCGCAUCACAUGGCAGGCAGUAAUUAACAACUUUAUCAUUACAGCUCAGCAUGUUCCUGGCCACUUCAACGCCAUUGCUGACGCUCUGUCCCGUUCCAAAUUUCAGGUCUUUCGUCAUCUUUGCCCCGCCGCCAACGUUCACCCAGAACCUAUCCCGGCCUUAGAAGAUCUGGCUCUCAACUAAGCUGUUCUUUCCUCUCUCUCUUGCGCUCAGCUCGUCACCAUAUUAAGUCGGGCCUAGCUCCGUCUACUCUCUCCUGCUAUACUUUUGCCUGGCGAACCUUCGCUAAGUUUUGCUCUGCUCUCAACAUCCGUCUUUAUCCUGUCCACAUAUCCACGGUCCUCGCUUUCAUCACCUAUUGCUUCGACAUUCGUCGUUUCAAAGUAUCAUACAUCCGCAGUUUGCUCGCAGGAAUCAAUUUCCACGCUAAGCUGCAGCAGCCCAGCUCAUCUGCAAGCCUCUUUUCAAACCCCGCGGUGAAACUUCUCCUGAGAGGCAUAUCUAAGCUCAGCCCCACCCAGCCUGAUAGCAGAAAACCCAUCACUCUUCCGUUAUUGCGGAACCUUAUCAUCACGCUACGUUCUGGCCCUUUCUCUCCUUACCUAAAAGCGCUCCUCUCCAGCGCUUUCCUCUUAGCCUUUUAUGGUUUUUUAAGACUUGGAGAAAUUACUUCCACAUCCAAAGUAUUCAAUCCUUCCAGAGACCUAUCUGUCUCCGAUCUUAAAUUCUAUCCUGACCACUACGAUCUCCUCAUCAAACACUCCAAAGCUAAAGGUCCAUGUAAGAUCUCUAUAGCACGCACGGACUGUUCGUUCUGCCCUUUUCACGCCAUGUUUAAAUACGUGACGAAAAGACAUAAAUUCUGCCCCCAUUCCAAACCUCUAUUUCUCACACCAGAACGUUUUCCCAUGACCGCUGAUUGGUUCACCCGUCAUCUCAGACUGAUCCUAACGUCCUGCGGUCUGCCUCCGAGCCAAUAUUCAGGCCACUCUUUUAGAAUAGGCGCAGCCACAUCAGCCGCCACUCAGGGUCUUUCCACAGCUACCCUCCUCCAGCUUGGUCGCUGGUCAUCAUCAGCCUUCUCCUCCUACAUCAGACCUGAACGCAUCUCAGUGCUCGAAGCCCAACGCUCCCUAGCCGCUGGUGAGCAUCUUUCAAAUUACUGGUGGUGGAGCUCGUUCUAUCUCUAACAUUUAUUUUACACCUAGGGAAGCCAGCAGGGCCUAACAGGCCCUCAGCCCUGCCGGCCUGGCCUCGCAGUCCAUCACGCUGCUUCUCCAUCAGUCCCGCCAGCGUGCGGGCCCUAUCGCCUAUCAGUCUCGUCAGACUGCAGGCCCCGACUGACGCCUAUCAGUCUCGUCAGACUGCAGGCCCCGACUGACGCCUAUCAGUCUCGUCAGACUGCAGGCCCCGACUGACGCCUAUCAGUCUCGUCAGACUGCAGGCCCCGACUGACGCCUAUCAGUCUCGUCAGACUGCAGGCCCCGACUGACGCCUAUCAGUUUCGGCAGGCUGCAGGCCCCGACCGACGCCUAUCAGUCUCGUCGACUGCAGGCUCGACUGACGCCUAACAGUUUUGGCAGACUGCAGGCCCUACCGACGCCUAUCAAUCUUGUCAGACUGCAGGCCCUACCGACGCCUAUCAGUCCCGUCAGACUGCAGGCCCUACCGACGCCUAUCAGUCCUGUCAGAUUGCAGGCCCCGACCGACGCCUAUCAGUCUCGCCAAGCUGCAGGCCCCACCAUCGCCUAUCAGUCCCAUCGACUGCAGGCCCCGACUGACGCCUAUCAGUCUCGCCGAGCUGCAGGCCCCAACCGACGCCUAUCAGUCUUGUCAGACUGCAGGCCCCAACCGACGCCUAUCAGUCUUGUCAGACUGCAGGCCCAACCGACGCCUAUCAGUCUUGUCAGACUGCAGGCCCCAACCAACGUGGUGCGCCUAACAGUCAUCCGACUGCAGGCCAGCCAGGCCUCGGCCCGGCUCCCUCUUUGGGGGGAAGACUAUCCCGAGCUCGCCGAGCAGACCGCCUGCUCACGGCGAUCCUCGGCUCACGGUCUUCUGCCGGGUCCGAGCGCCAAAGAAAUUGUACCAUUAAAUCUUUUUAACUGCUA